UCUGCGGGCAGCUACAUGGUGCUCAAUUUUUCAAGAUGUCGUCGCUGGAACAGAGGUUGUCGCGAAUCGAAGAGAAGCUAAAGCUAGAGAAUGAAGAAGCUCGCCGGAAAAUUGACAUCAAGAUCGACGUGAGUCCGCAGCGGCCACGUCCGAGGCCCAUCAUCGUGAUCCAGCUCAGUCCUGCUCCAGCCCCCUCCCAGCGUGCAGCUCUCCAGCUGCCCCUGGUCAACGAUGGAGGCAGCCGCUCGUCGUCUUCGGAGAGCUCGCCCCAGCACCAACCCUACCCCAGCCGCCCGCGACACAUGCUCACCCUGCCCACGCCUCCGUACGGCCUGCAGAAGAGCCUGGAGAACGUGGAGAUUGACCAGAAGCUGCAGGAGAUCAUGAGGCAGACGGGUUAUCUGAAGAUCGACGGUCAGCGGUAUCCAGCAGAAGUAACGGACCUCAUCAGCGAGGGAGAGAUCGGCAGUGGCACGUGUGGACAGGUCUUCAAAGUCCGAUUCAAGAAGACGGGCCACGUCAUCGCUGUCAAGCAAAUGCGCCGUACGGGGAACAAGGACGAGAACAAGCGGAUCCUCAUGGACCUGGACGUGGUGCUGAAGAGUCACGACUGUCCCUACAUCAUUCAGUGCUACGGCGCCAUAGUCACCAACACGGAUGUGUUCAUCGCCAUGGAGCUGAUGGGGACGUGUGCAGAAAAGCUGAAGAAGAGGAUCCAGGGUCCCAUCCCAGAGCGAAUCCUGGGGAAGAUGACCGUUGCAAUAGUGAAAGCCUUGCUGUACCUGAAGGAGAAGCACGGCGUCAUCCACCGCGACGUCAAACCUUCAAACAUCCUCAUUGAUGAUAAAGGUCAGAUCAAGCUGUGCGACUUUGGCAUCAGUGGUCGCCUGGUGGAUUCAAAGGCAAAGACUCGCAGCGCCGGCUGUGCUGCCUACAUGGCGCCUGAACGAAUAGACCCUCCAGAUCCCACCAAACCUGAUUAUGACAUCCGAGCAGACGUGUGGAGUCUCGGCAUUUCUCUGGUGGAGCUGGCCACAGGACAGUUUCCCUACAAGAACUGCAAGACAGACUUUGAGGUUCUGACCAAAGUGCUGCAGGAAGAUCCUCCGGUGUUGCCUCUAAGCAUGGGUUUCUCUCUCGACUUCCAGUCCUUUGUCAAAGACUGCCUCACAAAGGAUCACAGAAAAAGGCCAAAAUACCAUCAGCUGCUGGAGCAUAGUUUCAUUCGGCGCUAUGAAGUGCUAGAGGUGGAUGUCGCCGGUUGGUUUCAGGCGGUGAUGGAGCGCACCGAGUCGCCUCGCAGCAGCCAGUGCUACAGCCAUCAACACAUGCUCCACUCGCUGCUCAGCAGGUAGCCUAGCCUCGGCCGGCCUGGUCUUAGCUCGGCCAGAAGCCAGACCAGAGUAGCCGAGCUUUAGCCCGGCCCAGCCCAGGCUCGCUCUGCUCUAGUCUGGCUGUUGUCAGCUACGUCCAGCUCCAGACCCUUCCUGCCUGUCCACCUGUCCACCAGAGAACCUGACGAGCCCAUCGAGCAGAGGAGACAGAGACUCAGCAGAGGACUCUAGAUGAACAGAUGGAGUGAUGGACAGAGGUGUACUAAUGGAUGGAUGGAUAGAUCAUCAUUUUAAUGUUUAGUAAUGUGUAAAAUUUGGGCUGGCAGGCAUGCAGAGGAGGGAUCAGCAAAAGGUGCACACUUUAGCUAGCUUCAUGUAUUCAGACUGUAUUGUCUCACCACACUAACUUAUCACACACACACACACACAAACUAUCUACUGUGUGCUUGUACAGUUCGUCCGGUUUUUGUUCUUUUGUCUCCUGUUAGUUUCCAGCAUUGAUCCAAGCCAGUGGAUCAAUCAGCAGAGUAGUCACUACACACUGGAAUCAAACGCCUGCUAUCUUAGCUAGCUGCUCGUGUACAUAGGCAGCAGGGAGGGCAAAACAAUGACUGUGCAAUUCUGAAUCUUCAGGUGUUUCUGCUAUCAUACGUUCUCAGGCUUAGUCUAAAUGUUUUCCGGGUUGGUGCCGGUUCUCUGUAUCAACGAACAAAUUUGUGCGCUUGUGUUUCAUCACCGCGUUCUCAUUCACCUUCACACUACAGCUCUAACAUCCACAGAGAGGAAUUCAUUUCCUGGCUCUUAAUGUUUUUUUUGUGUCAUUAAGGAUUCUAGUUUUCGUUCAUUUUCUAUGACAUGUAUUAGAAGACUAGUCGUUUUAAUUAGAAAAUGCAUAUUUGGAAAAACAAAAAGUCCUAAAAAAAUUAGUGUUGCAUUGUAGGUUUGUAGACGUGUUAGUUUUUUGUGUUUGCAACGAUUUUAUCAGUGUUUUCUAAAGAGGAUGGAUACUAAAAAGAAGAUAUAUUGAUUGGAUAGGAGCUGUCCAGGAAGAGGUCAUGGUGAUCAGUAAUUUUAUCUCAGAUUGUUGGAGUGAAAAUGGAAAGUAAGGCCAGGAGUUGGCAGAGGUUUUGUAGAUGGAGCGUGGGUUAUCGUAUUCCAAACAUCCGUCAGGUCGUCUACCUCUUCCUUUUUGUCCACUGUUCAGUCUGCCUCAGCUGUUGAGCAAGGCGUAGCGGUUCAGUGUUACUAGACCAAAGGCUGUGGUGGUUUGAUGUUGGAGUGCAGGAGAUAGGUCCAGCAAGUUUCAGGUGUUAGAAAAGAACAACAGGAAGUUGAGAUUAAUGGGUGGUUUGUUAUCCAGUCUCUGGGACGGCGUUCUCAAUCUAAACCUGGAGGCCCAGGAAGCUCUGUUGAGCGGUUCCGCAAACUCAGUUUCACUAAAAUAACUCCAUUAAUAGGCUGACUCAUCUAAAAUGUUAGGUUUUUAAAGUAAAAUUCAAUUAUCCUCACAAAGAGUUUCAAGGCAGUCAGUUUACUAUGGGGUAAGAUAACUGCCAAUAUAAACAACCGUAUGCGUAGGUGUCUGAAGGCAAGUCAAUAAAUGUGAAUAAAUGUAAGAUUUGUAUUUGUUUCUGGUUGUCAGCUCAUACAUACGUGUGACAUCAGAUGUUUCAUCUGUGAGAACACAAGCUCAGAAGCUACAAAUACAAGUUACAGCUUUGCAACAAUAUGGGUACGGAUCACACAUCUACAAAUACGAAUCUACAUUCCCUGAUGAAGCUGUUUACACUCCUUACCAGUUGGCGGUAGUAAUGCACCUGAAAGUUGUUCACCAACCGCCAUUAAAUGAGAAGAAGUGGAAGAAGAAAGCAGCAGAUCUGUUGUCAUUACUGUCACCAAAUGGUAGGGUGUGUAGCAGCUUCAUCCGGGGUUGUAGAUUCGUGCUGGUAAAUUUGUGAUUUGUGAAAUUUGUGAUUUGAUUGUAACUUCUAAGCUUGUGUUCUUACAGAUGAAACAUCUGAUGUCACACGUAUGUACGAGUUGACAACCAGGAACAAAUACAAAUCUUACAUUUAUUCACGUUUAUUGACUGACAUUUACAAAUUCAGACAUCUACGCAUAUGUUUAUAUUGACAGUCAUCUGACCCCGUAGUUUCCUGUCAAGCCAGCCGUCCCUUAAAAUAGUAAUAUUUUAACGUAAAAAAAAAUCUUAACCAUGAUAAGAUUAGGAAAUUAGAUAAACACAUGAUUUAUUACAUGGAUUAGGACUUUCUAGCUCUUCAUCUAGUAGUCUCAGCCAGUUAUAGUGGUAAUGAUGCAUGGUUCAGGGAUUUGAGGACGGUUUCCAGUCGUUUCUAAUGACUCCCAGUAAAUUGUAUCUUGACGACUGUGAUAACGAGGAGGGUCAGGAUGAAAGUAGGUGUGCAGGGCUGAAUGAGAGCCUCAGACCUGAACAGAGAUGUCGGGCGAGAAGCAUCUGCCGACCCUCUUGGAGGGCCAAUAGCCAAAGCCUUGUUGAUGUAGCUCCAGAGUCUAGCUUUUCACUCCCACCAAACCAAAUCACAGCUAGACACAGACCUGAGGAGGAGGUGAUGGCAGACGGGAUGCCGUCUAAUAUCAGCGAGCUGCAGGAACGUUGUCAAGGUGGCAGAAAAGAUGAGUGCUAAUCAGACGACGGGAAUAUGAGAAGAGAUGUUUGGAGUGAGGUGAGAAGGAAGAUGGUGAGUGUAAA